AAGUAAUUUUCGCCCAGGGUUGAGGGUGCCAUAGCGUUUCUUCAAUCGACCUCUCCAGAGUUUCGAACAAUCCCACAGCCAAUCGGCUCUGGCUGAGUUCAAGCAGGAACAACCUUCAGUCCAAAAGAGAUGGAUGUUACACCUAGAGCAGGAGCUGCUCCAUCGGCGGGGACGGGCGAUGGUGAUGAAGCUGUUGAAGAAAUCAUCAUAGAUCCCUCUUCGGAAGAGGUUGACUUCAACCACAGUCGAAUUACAGAGAUCCAAGGAUUGGAAGUCCUCCAGAAUAUUCGCGUCCUCGGUUUCAGGAACAACCUAAUCAAGAAGAUCGAGAACCUGAAUUCCCUCACCACAUUGGUCGAAUUGGAAUUGUAUGACAAUCAGAUAACCAAAAUCGAGAACCUUGACUCUCUUGUGAACCUGGAAGUUUUGGAUUUGUCCUUCAAUCGUUUGAGCGUGAUCGAAAAUCUAUCGUCGCUGCGAAAACUCAAAAAGUUGUACUUUGUGAACAAUCGCAUUUCGAAAAUCGAGAAUCUCGAGGCCUUGACUGAUCUUCGGUUGCUCGAGCUGGGAGCCAACAGAAUUCGUGUGAUCGAGAACUUGGAAACAUUGACUAAUCUCACGGAGCUCUACGUUGGAAAGAACAAAAUUUCAAAAUUGCAAGGCCUCGAGAAUCUCGUCAACUUGGAGACCUUGAGCGCUCAGAGCAAUCGCUUGACGUGUAUCGAGGGCCUCGAUAAUUGUCUGAAACUCAAGGGUCUCUACCUGUCGCACAACGGCAUCGAAGAACUCCAGAAUCUCCAGAACAACAGAGAUCUGCGAACACUGGAUUGCGCAGCGAACAAGAUCAAGAGGCUUACAGGUGUAUCACAUCUGAAAGAACUAACAGAGUUUUGGUUCAAUCACAACCUGAUCGAAGACUGGCAUGAGGUGGAGACCCUGAGCGAGUUCCCGAAGCUAGAUACGGUCUACCUGGAGGGAAAUCCCAUCGCUCGAGAUCCUAGUUAUCGUCGGAAGAUCAUGCUGAUUGCGCCUGUCGUCAACCAGAUAGACGCUACGCUAUGCCGAUCAUAAGCGCUCGACUGCUCCCCACGAAACUGCGUCGACAUCACAAGCGCCAUCGUGUAAUUAAUUUAUUGUUCUAUGUUUCCUCACGAGUAAGGAAGGCCAAAGCUGAUAAGCGUGUCGGUGCGAAUGUUCACACUGUCGUGUUGCAUAUCGAUGUAUUUGUCUACAUGUGUUCAGCUCGCGGAAUAAAAAAAACAGAUUGUCUCCCAAA